AUGAAGGUUUCUUCUGUGUUUCUAGCUAGAUUGAAAGACCUAAAAGAAGCGGAGAAACUAGCAUUGUCGUUUAGCGGAUGUGGAUUUCUUGGAGCGUAUAAUUUUGGUGCGGCAAAUCGUCUUAUAAAAGAUAAAAUUAUUGACGAUUUUCUCCCAGCUGACAUUGAAAAAGCUCAAGGAAAAUUGCACAUCUCGAUCACUAACAGAAAAAGAUGGGAGAACGUCAUGAUUAACAAGUUUGAUUCUCGAGAUCAUUUGAUAUCUUGCCUGCUAGCCAGCUGUUACAUUCCAAUGUAUUCUAUGGGUUAUCGAGGUGUUCCUCCAGUAAUCAAUGAAGAGGAAUACAUCGAUGGAGGAAUGACCAACAAUUUGCCAACUUUUAGUGAUGUUCCGACUAUCACAUGCUCUCCAUUUUCCAGUCAAGCCGACAUUUGUCCAGAGGAUCCUUCCACAUGGAACGUUGUGUUUGGGAAGCAGACCUUCAAGGCUAGCACACAAAACUUGUAUCGUGGUGCCCGUGCUCUGUUUCCCCCAACUCGUCAUAUUUUGAAACAGUAUUAUGAAAUGGGACAAGAUGAUGCGGAGACAUUUAUUCAGGGAAAAAUAUAA